AUGAAAGAUGAUGAGGAGCUUGAAUCAUUAUUGGGUGAGAUCCCUCAUGCAAUAUCAUUCAAUCUUAGCCACAUCCAUCAUCUGAAACAAGGGAAUGGGGUUGAUCAUCAUCAAGGGAGGCCUUUUAUGACCCCAAAAGUGAUGAAUGGUAUGAUCUGUGGUUUAGGAAUGUACAAUGAUGCUGCUCCUCCAUUGAGUUUGAGUUAUCAUCAUAAUAAGCAUUCAUGUGAUUCCCCUGUGAGUGGUUUUUCUCUUCAAUCUGAUGGCUCCUCAUCAAGUUUGUUCUCCAGUGGGCAUUCAUUAUCUGAUAAUGGAUCCCCUACCACUCCUCCAUUAGAAGACCUUAAACCUCACUCACACUCUGGGAGUACACAUUUCACAAACGGGUUGUGGAUGGACAUGAGGAGCCCUGAUUCAUACCUGGGGAAGAAAGCUAAUGAGAAUGUGAUUGAUGAACUGAGUUUGUCCAGAAAUUUGAGUAGACUGUAUAUUAAUGAGGAGCCAGAGGAUGUAAAGUUUCGUGGUAAUUGUGGGACUAAUGGAUUCGAUUUUGAUCCACAUGGAUUGUCUUCACCAAACAGUAAAAGCCUAUCUGAUUACGGUAGAUAUCAAUUCGAUACCGGAAAUCACAUCAAUGCUGAUGGUGAAAUUGGUUCUGCAAUGCUUGGACUAGUUCCUGAUUAUAGGUUGGGUAAUCUGAUAGCAUCACAUAAUACCCCAGGUCGAGCAAGUGAACUGCUUUCGCGGUUAAAUGGAGGAAAUGGUGCUGUCAUGAAUCCUCAGUAUUUUUAUGCAAAGAGGCAGGCUGGUCAUCAUUAUGUGGCGUUUCCAGUUUCAGACAUCUCCACUCUGCCUAGGCCUUCUAUGGGUGAGGCUUUUUCUUAUGUUAAGCAGAAUGGAAGCAAUGCUGUAGCUGAAAAUGAUGCAUUUCAUGUGAUAAACGUUCCUCAAUUGAAUCCUUUGAAGUCCCAAAACAGUGUGGAAAAUGUAAUUCACUAUCAACAGCAAAUGGCAAAUGCAUGUAGUAUAUUACCAUCACGCGCAAAAGUUGCUCAUAGAAAUCUGGAGUCUCUUUCGGCUGAAGAAAGUUUGAUUAUGCAAGGGGAAAAUGUGAGUUAUGCUGCAAAGAAUGGAUAUGAUCGAUCUAAGAAUCAGAAGAACUAUCCAUGUGCUGCUGAUGUAAGUCCGCGUCAAGAAAAGCAAUCAGUACUGAAUGGCCAUCCUCAGAUUGCAGGAACUCAUGAAAGUGAUAUAUUUCUCAGACCAUGUGGUUCAUUUUCUCUGCCAUUAAAGUGUGACUCAUUAGCACAAGCACAAGGAUAUAUAUACUGCAUAGCAAAGGAUCAACAUGGUUGCCGGUUCCUACAAAGGAUGUUUGAUGAGGGAACUCCUCAUGAUGUUCAUAUUAUAUUCAAUGAAGUCAUUGAUCAUGUAGUUGAACUUAUGAUGAAUCCUUUUGGGAACUACCUUAUGCAAAAGCUAUUGGAAGUUUGCAAUGAAGAGCAGAGAAUGCAGAUUCUUCUGAGGGUAACUGCAAAGCCAGGAGAGCUCAUUAGGAUCUCAUUAAACACCCAUGGUACUCGCGUGGUACAGAAAUUAAUCGAGACGCUGAAGUCCAGGAAGCAGAUUUCCUUAGUUAUUAAGGCUCUUGAACCUGGAUUUCUUGCUCUCAUCAAGGAUUUAAAUGGCAACCAUGUUGUUCAAAGAUGCCUCCAGUGCCUUAGCAGUGAAGACAGUAAGUUCAUUUUCAUUGCUGCAGCAAAGUACUGUGUGGAUAUUGCGACUCACCAGCAUGGCUGUUGUGUCUUGCAAAGAUGUAUCAGCCAUUCAGGUGGAGAACACCGCGAAAGCUUGAUAGCUGAAAUUUCGGCAAAUGCACUUUUUCUAGCUCAAGAUGCAUUUGGGAAUUAUGUUGUUCAGUUUAUAUUGGAGCUGAAGAUCCCAUCUGCCACAAGCAAGCUGACUUCACAGUUUGAGGGAAACUAUGUUCAUCUCUCCACUCAGAAGUUCAGCAGCCAUGUAGUUGAAAAAUGUCUAGUGACUUGUAAUAAUGAAGUCCGCUCGAAAAUCAUUCAUGAGAUGCUUGCUGCGACUCAUUUUGAACAGUUGCUUCAAGAUCCUCAUGCAAACUAUGUUGUCCAAACUGCUCUAAAAGUCUCCGAGGGUCAUCUUCACAAUGUGUUGGUUGAUGCAAUUGAAUCCCACAAGGCAAUGUCGCGCAACAGUCCGUAUUCAAAGAGAAUUUUCUCCCACAAGCUUUUGAAGAAGUGA